AAAUAGAAACGUAAAUAAAUAAAUGUAAUUUCACGUAACAAAAUAGAUGAGCUAAAAUAAUAGAGAAUCAAAAAUCAAAUAAGUUAUGAAAGAAUGUGAGAGUUUCUCAAAGAGUAAAUUGUAUAUUUUAUUUAAAAUUUUGGGAUUAAUUGAUCUUUAACAAUAUUCAUGGUUUUAAUUUUCCUUAAUAUAAAUUUGGUUUUUGAUAUACAAUUUUGCAUUUUUAUAUACAAAAUAAGCAUAAUCUCCAUUAUUUAUGUAUAUGCAUAAUAAAUUCAUAUAAACACGGUAUUCAAAUUUCUAAAUCUUCUACAUCUAGAUAAAACAAUUUAAAUUUGUGAUCUACGUUAUUCUCAAAAAUAAUUUGAAUCUAAAUACUGUGGACAUAAGUUAAAGUGAAAUUAUCAUAUUAAAAUACCUAAUCUAAUUUUUACUAAUUUUAUGAAACGUGUAGGACAAUAUUUGGUGAAAAAGAUUUUUCCAUUAUAGAUAUUAACGAAAAUAACUGUCAAUGUUAAACAGUGUGUCGAAUUUUUAUUUCUACCUAUUAUGAGCAUUACUAGAAAUCUAAGUUUAAUUUUGAACAAAGUACCUGUAAUUAAAGAAAAGUUAUUUUCUCAAAAAUAUUUACUUUAUACAAAUGUAACAAUAUCUAUUUCUCUUUCUGCCAUGGGAGAUGUAUUAGAACAACAUUAUGAAAUAUUGAAGAAUGAGUGGGAUAAAUGGAAUUUAAAUAGAACACGAAACAUGGCAUUAUCUGGCAUGUCUAUUGGUAUAGUAUGUCAUUAUUGGUAUAAAUAUCUAGAUAAUAGAUUACCAGGCCGUACGAUUAAUAUUGUUUUGAAAAAGGUUGUUAUCGAUCAAUUAGUAUGUUCUCCACUUUGCAUCACAAUGUUUUUUUUAACAUUAGCUAUUUUAGAAAAAAGUACGUGGACAGAAUUAAAAGAUGAAAUUAUUAAGAAAGCACAUAAAUUGUACAUAGCAGAAUGGGUUAUUUGGCCACCAGCCCAAAUUUUUAAUUUUUACUUUCUGCCAAAUAGAUAUAGAGUGCUUUAUGAUAAUACUAUAUCUCUAGGCUAUGAUGUGUAUACUAGUCACGUGAAACAUGAUAAUUUAAUACACAAUACAAAAUAUAAUUAGCAUUAAUAAAUUUUUAAGAUAGACGAAUUAUCUAAGUAAAUAUAUAAAUAAUACAUAAUGAUGUUAUUUUAAAAAAAUAAUAAGUAACUACAAGUUGUAAAUUGUAUAUGUUCUAUUUAUCAAUCUAAAAGAUGAAAAUAUAUACAUAUAAAUAAUGUAUAAAUAUUUUAGAAACAGACACAUUCUUGUGUUUUGACUUAUUUAUUUUCCUCUUUAUAAAAACUAAUAAAGUAAGAAAAAAACUAAAUAAGUACCAAUUUCUUUAAAUAUUCUUCUCUUUCACAAAGCUUUCAUGAUAAAAUGUUAUGAACUUACACAGUUACUACACAGUUAUAUUUACAUGUACAUAAAAUGUCUUUCAUACAGUGAAUAAUAUAAAAAUGUCUUUCAGAACAUUCCAUCAUGAAUACCAAUAGGUACAAGCACCGCAAUAAAUAAUAACAAGUUACGAGCCACCAGUCUCCAAUCAUUUGGUACUGCAUAUGGUGCUAGUACCUGGGUUAAUCUAUGUAUCUGUCAAAGUAAAUGAAAUAUUUAUGAUACAUUUUAGACUCUAAAAAGAUCAACAUAUAACACUGAACAUAAUCAAUUCCAAAUAUAAAAAUAAUUAAAUACUUACUUCAUGACUUGCACAUAUAAAGAUGAAUGAUGUGACUAACAGAUUUAAUACUGGAAACCUAGGCAAUAAAACUAGUACGCCAUGUGAAUCUGCUGCCAACCAAAUGUGACCUUGUGCGACUAGAGUUUCUAAGCUAAUGCGACCUAAACCAGCCAAAAGAGCUGAGUGUUUGCCACGUAAUGCUAAUGAUGCAUUUCUAAGCGCUAUAUAUCCUAUAAUCUGUAAUUAAAAAGUUGAAAUUUAAUCGUUUGAAAAUAAAUUUGAAAAUAUUA